UGCACAGCAGCAAGCGUCGAGCAGGGUCCAAAGUGGAGCGGCGCAGAGCUCGAUAUGAAGCUACAGCAGUACCUUAACUCCUUCCUCGAGCCGCUGUCGGCUCAGGAUACGAGACCCCUUAUACGGUUGUUAGAUUGCAGGAAUAAGACCGCUAGGGGAUUGUCAGAUACUAUUGGACCGAUUGAUGAUCGCCGACUCUCGAAUCCUGGCUAUACCCUUCCUGAGCCAUGGGAUGGUAUAGCACUCCGACAUUGCGCUUGCGUGCAUGCGCUGUACACAAAUGAGUAUCAAGCUGCGUACGCACACCAAUCAGCUCUCAUUGGACUGUUCUACCGCUGGUUUCAAGACCAAUCAUCUUGGGUGUUACCGGUUCUCUACUUAAUCUUGAGGGAUCUGAGAGAUCUAGCAGAACAGGCCGAUCAAAAGACGUACGCAGCUGAAGGCAAGAUGCCAGCGCUGGAAGAAUGUACGAGGACAGUCAGCAAGGCCUUCACGAUGUGUGCAACAGAUAGGACAUUCAAAGGCUUCGAAUCACGUCGGAAUGGAGUCUACCACGUAGCGUGUCUGAGCAUCAAGUGUUAUUUCAAGGUUGGCAAGCCAAACCUCUGCAAGAAUGUCAUCCGGGCUGUGACAUCUGACCCGAAGACACCGUCAGUUGACGAGGCUCCAUUGACAGACCAAGUCACAUGGCAUUUUUACAUUGGUAUGCUGGCGUUUCUCAAUGGCGAGGACAAAAAGGCCGAUGAAGAGCUCUCAUGGGCACUCGCCAAUUGUCCGAUAGAAUCAAAACGAAAUCAAGAACUCAUCUUGACAUAUCUCAUCCCAUUACAUCUCCUUCGAGGCUCCCUCCCUUCUCCCACCUUACUCGCGCUCCAUCCCCGUCUUCAACUCCUCUUCUCACCUUUCAUCAACGCCAUCAGGACGGGUGACGUGAGAGAAUACGAUGAACGUCUGGAGUGGGCUCAACCCAGAUUGGUUGGGAUGAACAUCUAUCUCAUGCUUGAGAGAGCCAGAGAAGGUUGUCUGCGAAUGCUUUUCAAGAGGGCAUGGUUGGCGAGUGACAAGUCGACACGGAUACCCAUUUCAACAUUUCAGAUCGCCCUGCGAUUACAUCGGAUAGAUGUUCAUUCUGAUGAAGUCGAGUGUAUGGUCGCCAAUAUGAUAUACAGGGGCUUCAUCAAGGGAUACAUCUCACAUGAAAAGCAAAUGGUGGUACUCGCAAAGACCAAUCCAUUUCCACGCCUGGAGACUUUGCCACGGUAAAACCUGCCACAACCCUUUAUCAAACUGCAUGACGUGUCAAUUAUAUCACCCGUGCGGAAUCUUUCCAUCGGUGCCUCGGGCCCGAAUUUUUUCCCCCUUAAAAACAAGCACAAAACGCUUUCGCAAGCGUCUCGGCGGGGGAUUGAUAUUGGGCGAUGCAAGAGCAGCAAGGCUUGUCAGAGCAAGAGCGUGGAUG